AUGGGACGUCCAGAUGCAAAUUCAGGUCCUUCUCAGCGAGGUGGACAACACCAACAGCCUCAAGAAUAUCAUUUUCAGCCUGCAACUCAGAGUCCUGAAACCAUUGAUGAUGCACCUCCUCCAUUUGAAACAUCCAAUGAUGAAAUUCAUCAGGAAAAUUAUGAACAUGAGCAACCCCAGAAAGAAGAAAUUGCCGGCCAGCAAAACCAACAUGCACAAUCCCAUCCAACGCCAUCAAGAGGACCAAUGGCAUUCCCACCGCAAAACACCCAAAUGAGGUCAUCUCCAACUGGUCAUCAACCCCAAGCCUUUCCUCCACCUCAAGGCAAACCUCAAGCCUUCCCUCCAUCUCAAGAUCAUCAACCAGAAGCAUUUCCUCCAUCUCAGGGUCAUCAACUGCAGGCCUUUCCUCCACCUCAAGAUCAUCAGCCACAAGCAUUUCCACCAGUUCAAGGUCAUCAACCGCAAGCAUUUCCUCCAUCUCAGGGUCAUCAACCGCAAGCUUUUCCUCCAUCUCAGGGUCAACAACCGCAAGCUUUUCCUCCACCUCAAGGCCAGCCACAGGCAUUUCCUCCGCAACAGAGUGCAUUUCAGCAACCAAACAUGGCGCAAUUUGCACAAGCUGCAACCUUUUCUCAGCCAGCAAUGGGUGUAGGUGGACAGGUUCCAAUACAUCAGGCGAUGCCGAAUUCUCCAUUAGUUCAUCCCCAUGCUCAGGUCAUCAAUAAUACCCCUAUGACUGGCUUUCCAGUGGCUCAAGUUCUUCCUACUCAGCCUUGGAAUACAGCCUUGUUCGCGUGCAUGGAUGAUCCAACAAAUGCUCUUAUAACAGCCUGCUUUCCUUGCGUGACAUUCGGGCAAAUAGCUGAGAUUGUCGACUCUGGCCAAACCUCUUGUGGUACCAGUGGAAUGCUGUAUGGCUUGAUUGCCUGCUUCAUAGCCAUGCCAUGCUUAUUGUCAUGCACCUACAGAACAAAGCUCAGGAAUCGAUAUGGGCUAAUGGAAGCACCCGCACCUGACUGGAUGAUUCACUGCUUUUGUGAAUGGUGUGCCCUUUGUCAAGAAUACAGGGAGCUUAAAGAAAGAAAUCUUGAUCCUUCUAUUGGCUGGCUAGGAAAUGUGGCAAAAAGUCAGCAGAUGGCGCAGCUAGCAGCUAUGACGCCUCCAGCGAAGCAGACCAUGAUGGGCUAGAUCAAGUUUUCAAGUCUCAGAUUUCAAAGGAUACAAUGAAUAAUUUCUUCUUCUUCUUCUUCUUUUUUCCCUUUUCUUUUGUCUUUUAUGUGAAAUAUUGAUUUCUUUAUCUCAAUUUCAUUAUGCCAGUUGUAUUGCUUAUAAGGUG